AUGGGUUUUCAGUUUUAUAAUUGUAUUUUUAAACAUUCACAAAAAACGUUUUUUAGAUAUAUUCAUACCAAUACAAUAGUUAAUAUUGGGAAAGAUAAGUAUAAAAGAAAAGGUUUUGUUCCGAAAAAAAAAAAACAAAGUUUUGAUAAAAAUAAUGUCAAAACAAAUAUUAAGUUAAAUGAUUCUCCUCGUAUUUUGUCACCGUUAGAAUCUAAAUUGUUAUUGUCUUAUAAAAAAGAAUCGUAUAAUAUUGGAAUUCAGAAUUUAAAUAUUUUUGAUGCUAAUAAUAUUAAAUUAUGUGGGAGAUUAUUUAAUUUUCCAUUGAAUAUUCUACAGAAAAUGAAAAAUCUUGAUGCAUUUCGGUUUGAACAUAAAAUUGAUUUUUCUAAUGAUCCUGUUAUCGUUUUAAGAGAAUGUUCUAUUUAUAUUAGUCAAAAGCUUUUAGAUGAUAAUGUUUCAAGUAAAAAUAGAAGAAUAGUUCUUAUAGGAGAUCAAGGUACUGGUAAAAGUUUUUGUUUAUUGCAGGCACAAUGUUGGGCAUUUCAGAAAGGUUGGAUUGUUUUAGCAAUUCCUAGAGGUCUUGAUAUUGUUAAUAAUACGACUCCGUUUUUUUAUCAUAAAGAAACAGGUUUAUGGAGACAACCAGAAUAUACCUCAUCUUUAUUAGAGAAAUUUUCUAAGGCUAAUUUUGAUAUUUUAAAUCAAAUUUUCUUGUCAAGAGAAUAUUAUAUUGGAAAUUGUGUUAUAUCUAAAUUUACUUCUUUAUUUAAAUUUCUUGAAAUAGGUGUUUUGAAUUCAUCAAUAUCUCAUGAAAUUUUGGAAAUAUUUCUAAAAGAACUUAAUAUUGGAAAUUGUCCUCCAGUUUUAUUUACUUUUGAUAAUAUAUCUGUUGUAUGUUCGCCAUCUCAAUAUAUGUCUAGUGAAUAUAAAACUAUUCAUCCUUAUGAAUUAGCUCUUAUAAGGACAUUUUUUACUUAUCUUAAUGGAGAAUUUUUCUUCGAUCGAGGUGCUAUAAUAUCAUGUGCUUCUAAGAUAUUUAGUAAAUCUGAUAGAAUGCUAGAAAUUUCUUUAGGAUUUUUAGAACCUAAGAGUUAUGAAAACGUUGAUAAACGAGUUCUAUGGGCUGUUAAUGGUGUUGAAUAUUAUGUAGUUGGGAACUACACUCCUGUUGAAAGUGAAAAUAUAAUUAGAUAUUAUUUUAUGUCAAAUAUUAUAGGAAAAAAUAUUGAUAAUGUUUCAAAAGAAUUUGUAAAAGAAAAAAUGCUACUUAGUGGUAAUAAUCCGCGUGAAGUAUUUUGGAACUGUGUAAAAACAACAUGA